CGACCAAGUGACAAGGAGAUCAAGCAAAGAUGGCUCCCAAGAUCGACCCAAACGAGGUCAAGAUUAUCUACCUCCGCGCCAUGGGUGGCGAGGUUGGUUCGUCGAGUGCCCUUGCGCCCAAGAUUGGUCCCCUCGGUCUGUCGCCCAAGAAGGUCGGAGAAGACAUUGCAAAGGCCAGCAGUGACUGGAAGGGACUCCGAGUCACGGUCCAGCUCACGGUCCAGAACCGUCAGGCCCAGGUCUCGAUUGUGCCCGCCGCUUCGUCGCUCGUCAUCAAGGCGCUCAAGGAGCCCCCGCGUGACCGCAAGAAGGAGAAGAACCGCCCGCACAACGGCAACAUCCCUCUCGACGAGAUCAUCAACAUUGCUCGCCAGAUGCGGUUCAAGUCGCUCGCCAAGGAGCUCAGCGGCACCGUCAAGGAGAUCCUCGGUACGGCUCAGAGCGUCGGGUGCACCGUCGACGGCAAGCCUCCUCACGAUGUCAUCGAGGGCAUCGACGAGGGCGAGGUCGAGAUCCCUGAGGAGUAAAUGGUCUCACCACGAGCUCCUUCAUGGCGGGAUUCGGCGCUGGGUGCUGGGCGCGGAUAGAGGCGGGCGCCAGUGAUGUGAUGCGAUGAUCGGAAAGACGGUACUUCAUGGCGAGAUCCGAGGCUGGAGCGGUUCCUCUCGCCACCAAAAGGAGAGGGAGCGAGAGAUUCGGUGCUUCACUGUGUCCUCUCUCUCUCUUUCUCUUCUUAAUUUUUCUAACUUGGCUCUUCCUCUCAGGGCCGCAUGUACUCCUUUAUUUUUCUGGCCGAGAGGGCGAGCCCGUUCUCCCUCUCGCUCCAUGUCUCUCAUACUCUCUUCACACACACCACACAACACACAAAAUGCAUUGAUCCAGAAAAGCA